CGACUUUCGUUCAUUUAUACGUUCGUCAAUUGUAUAAAAAGAGCAAGGAUAAACCGCUUUGUGUACUGAGCUAUCAUGUCCAUUUGGUGAUUUUCUAAAAGAGCCUGGACCUUGGAGAGAGCCCCUAUAUUGUUCAUAGUUGUUCCCCUGUCCCGCUCCUCUCCAACAGCGAAGAUGGGUGUAUUACGAACCUCCGAAUGGCAGAAACUGCCCAUGAGUCUCAAUGAACUCUGUAUAAACACCACCCUUCGCUGCGGCCAAACCUUCAGAUGGCGCCAAUCCCCCUCCUCCGAAUGGUCCAUCGCCCUCCACGGCCGCAUCCUCUCCCUCCGCCAGGACGCCUCCCACCUGCACUACCGCACCGUCUCCCCCUCCCUCCCCACCUCUAAUAAAACUCCUCUACCCUCACAAUCCCUAGAUAAAGACGAUACCGUCCCCCUCCUCCACCACUACUUCAACCUCACCCCCCACCUCCCCUCCCUCUACGCCCACUGGUCCGCCCUCGACCCGCACUUCCGGCGCCUCGCUCCCCGCUUCACCGGCGUGCGCAUCCUCCAACAAGACGCAUGGGAGGCCCUCGUCGGGUUCAUCUGCAGCAGCAACAACCACAUUUCUCGCAUCUCCUCGAUGGUCGAGAAGUUGUGCACGCACUUCGGGACGCUGAUCGGCGAGGUCGACGGGGUGAAGUAUUUUGAUUUUCCGGAGCCCAAGGCGCUGGCGGGGGAGGGGGUGGAGGGAAGGCUAAGGGAGCUGGGGUUCGGGUAUCGGGCCGGGUAUUUGUGGAAGACGGCGAAGGUGGUGGAUGAGCGGGGGGUCAGGUGGUUAGAGGGGUUGCGGAAUCCCGAGGCGUGGGGGUCAGGGGCGUCGACGAUGGCGGAGGGGGGACGGGAAGGAUAUCGGACGGCGCAUGAGGCGCUGUUAACGCUGGCGGGGGUCGGGCCGAAGGUGGCGGAUUGCGUGUGUUUGAUGGGGUUGGGGUGGGGGGAGGCGGUGCCGGUGGACACGCAUGUGUGGCAGAUUGCGCAGCGGGACUAUCGGUUUGGGAAGCGGGGGCAGAAGAGCUUGACGAAGGGGACGUAUGAUGCGGUGGCGAAUAUGUUUCGGGGGUUGUGGGGGAGUGAGGCGGGGUGGGCGCAUUCGGUGCUGUUUACGGCGGAUUUGAAGGCUUUUGCGGAGAAGGGGAGGGAGGAGGGGACGGUGAUGGAGAUGAAGCGGAUUACGAAGGAGGAGGAGACGGUUGUCGCUAAGGCGUUGAGGAGGGAUAGUCGGAAGAGGAGCGUGGUGGAGGAUGAGGAGAAGGUGGUCACGGUUAAGGGGGAGGUGGUUAGGAGAUCGAAACGGCGGAAGCAGACGGGGUGAGAGACAUGGUGGACGCCAAUGAAUGAUACCUAGCAAGGCUGUUAGGAGCAGCUAAUUGUAUGUAUAGUAUUCACGCAGCAAUGAGUUGAAGCUUAUGGUGAAGGACAGGCGUAAUACUACUACUGAUCCUAUGAAUCGAACUGUUCAUUCAGUCAGGGUCUCUUUCUGCCCAACAAUGAUGGUGCCAGUUAUUCGAAUAUUGAACAUCAGGGCUACAUACAACCAAUAGCUGGGAAUUCGGGGAGCGUUUCAUGUCUCUUGACUUGCCGAUUCGAUAUU